AUGCAAGAAGUAGGAAACAGAAUGCGAACUAAGUGUAGAACUGAGCAUUGGGGUCGUGAAGAAGUGACUUUAGGAACAACCAUUAUGGCCAUACAAUUUCGGGAUGGAGUUAUUUUAGGUGCAGAUACGCGGACUUCUAUGGGAACGUACGUCUCAAAUCGAGUGAGUCGGAAGAUAACUAAGAUAGCCAAUGGGAUUUAUACUUGUCGUUCAGGAUCAGCUGCAGAUACGCAAGCUGUGGCUGAGAUAGUAUCGCAUCGGUUGCACGAACAGGAAGUUUGUUAUAAUGAGCCGCCUACAGUUGAAGAUGCAGCUACCUUAGCCAAGAAGGUGAUUUAUCAGAACUCGCAUUUAGUGGCUGGCAUGAUUAUUGCUGGUGUAGAUGCUGAGGGAAGUCAUGUUUUUAGUAUUCCUUUAGGUGGGACUUUAAUUAGGCAGAGUUGUGCGAUUGCAGGUUCUGGAUCUAUUUACAUGUCCGGAUUGUGUGACCAAACAUAUCGCGAGGAUAUGACUCGAGAGGAGGCCAUUAAGUUUGUGCGAAGAGCUAUUUCGCAUGCGAUUUAUCGAGAUAAUUCAUCUGGAGGAUGUAUUCGUAUGAUGAUUGUUACGGCCGAAGGCACUGAAGAGUUGUUCAUUCCCGGGAGUGAAAUUAGCAUUACGGAUUAG